AUGGACGUUCAGGUUGAUCGUGAAGCGAAAAAGCUCACGAAGAUAACCCGGCCACCGGCACUAAGAAUCAUUCCUCCUUUGAAUUUCUGCCCGGUCGAAAAACAACUAUACCGUUCGGGUCAACCAUCAAUCAUAAAUCAGUCUUUCUUACAAGACUUACAUUUGAAAACCAUAUUAUGGUUGGCUAGUGAAGAACCUCAAGAAGACUUUUUAGAUUAUUGUUCCAUGAACAAUAUAAAUAUCGAAUUUGUGGGCAUGAUCAAUGAUUAUAAUUACUCAAACGUAAAUCCGUGGGAUUCAUUAAGUGAAACAACGAUCAAAAAGGCCUUGGAAUUGAUUUGCAAUAAAGAAAACUAUCCUUUAUUGGUUUGCUGUGGGAUGGGCAGACACCGUACUGGAGCCGUGAUUGGCUGUUUAAGACGAUUACAAGGCUGGAAUUUGGCUAGUGUUAGUGAAGAAUAUAGAAGAUUCACUGGUGCUAGAGGUGGAAGAAUUUUGGUGGAAUUAUUAAUUGAAAGCUUUGAUAUAAAUACUAUAGAGGCUGAUCCUGAAAAAUUGCCGGAUUGGUUGAAAGAAUAA